AUGAGCACCAGCUGCGAGCCCGCACCGAACCCUUAUGAAGGGGGCGGCAAUGGUGGCUCGGGAGCCCCCCGAAGAGCCCGGGCACAGCGCGGGGGAGACGCCCAGGGCCAAGCCAAUGACGACAUGGACGCCAACAGCAAUGGCUCCAGCGGCAACGAGUCGCACGGCGAUUCCCACAGCAGCUCCCGCAGCAGCGGCAAUGGCAAGGAUUCGGCCCUGCUGGAAACCACAGAGAGCAACAAGAGCACCAAUUCCCAAAGCCCGUCUCCUCCCAGCAGCUCCAUUGCCUACAGCCUCCUCAGUGCGAGCUCUGAGCAAGACAACCCGUCGACCAGCGGCUGCAGCAGUGAACAGUCGGCACGAGUGAAGACCCAGAAGGAACUGAUGAAGGCGCUGAAAGAGAUGAAGAUCCGGCUGCCCUCCGAAAAGCGCAGCAAGGGGAAGUCCGGGACUCUGGCCACCCUGCAGUACGCUUUGUCCUGUGUGAAGCAGGUCCAAGCUAGCCAAGAUUACUACCAGCAGUGGACCAUCGACGACAGCCAGCCCUGCAACCUGGACAUGUCCACGUACACCAUCGAGGAGCUGGAAAACAUCACCUCAGAGUACACCCUGAAAAACCCCGAUACGUUCUCGGUGGCUGUCUCCUUCAUCACGGGGAAGAUCGCCUACAUCUCAGACCAGGCUGCCUUCAUCCUGCGCUGCAAGCGGGACGUCUUCAAGGGGGCCAAGUUCGCCGAGUUCCUGGCGCCGCAAGAUGUCAGCAUCUUCUAUGGAUCCACUGCACCGUACCACUUGCCCUCCUGGAGCGUCUGCACCUCUGCCACUGGUGCUGCCGCCAUGGAUUAUACCCAAGAGAAAUCGGUCUUCUGCCGGAUCAGGCAUUUGUUUCUCAGCGGAGGCUACGAGAGCGGGCGGGAGCUGCGCUACUACCCCUUCCGGCUCACGCCGUACCUCACCAAAGUGCGCGACUCGGACAAUGCCGAAGGACAGCCCUGCUGCCUGCUGAUUGCAGAACGCAUCCACUCAGGCUACGAAGCACCCAGAAUCCCUCCGGAUAAGAGAAUCUUCACCACCAGACAUACUCCCAGUUGCUUGUUCCAGGAUGUGGAUGAGCGGGCUGCCCCUCUGCUCGGCUACCUUCCCCAAGACCUGAUCGGAACCCCCGUCCUCUUCUACCUGCACCCGGAGGACCGGCCUCUGAUGCUGGCCAUCCACAAGAAAAUUCUGCAGUACGCCGGGCAGCCCUUCGACCACUCUCCCAUCCGCUUCUGCGCCCGCAACGGCGAAUACGUCACCAUCGACACAAGCUGGUCCAGCUUCGUCAACCCCUGGAGCCGCAAGGUCUCCUUCAUCAUGGGGAGGCACAAAGUGCGGACGGGUCCCCUCAAUGAGGACAUCUUCACAGCCCCCAAAACUCAGAAGGUGAAGCCCGUGGAGCAGGACAUCCAAGAGCUGUCCGAGCAGAUCCACCGGCUCCUGCUGCAGCCGGUGCACAGCAACGGGUCCAUGGGGCUGUGCAGCAUCGGCAGCAACGCCUCCCAUGAGCAGUUUUUGAGCAUCGCCUCCUCCAGUGACAGCAACGGCAUCCCCAACGAGGAGGCGCAAGCCCUGCGGCCGAUGACCUUUCAGGAGAUCUGCAAGGAUGUGCACAUGGUGAAGAACCAGGGCCAGAAGGUCUUCAUUGAGUCCCGAGUCAGGCCCCAGUCCGCUAAGCAUGCCCGAGCAGCCCUUGAAGCACCAGCCGAUCGUAGUGUGCAGCCGAUGGAGACACUGCGGGAGCUGGAGAGGCCUGGGAAGGUGGCCGCCUCUGAGGAGUCUGUGAGGAAGGAGCCCUCCAAUUACUCCUACCAGCAGAUCAACUGCCUGGAUGGAAUCAUCAGGUACCUGGAGAGCUGCAACAUCCCAAGCCGCGUGAAACGCAAGUGCGGCUCCUCCUCCUACACCACCUCCUCCAAUUCUGAUGACGACAAGCAGAAAGUGGGCAAGGAGCGGACCUGUCCAAGCAAAGAUGUGCCAGAGGAAAUGCUGCCGACCUUGGAGAGCCAGCCCAAGAGGGAAGAGUCGGGGGCGGCAGCAGCCGCCGUGGUGGGAGGCCCGCUCACGCCGCUGGCCUUGCCUAGCAAAGCCGAGAGCGUGGUCUCCAUGACCAGUCAGUGUAGCUUCAGCAGUACCAUCGUCCACGUGGGAGACAAGAAGCCCCCUGAGUCGGACAUUGUAAUGAUGGAAGAGGCGGCUCCCAGUGCCACCCCUCCGGCCCCACCUCCCAGCGCCACCCCCGACCGGGAGCAGCAGUACCGCAAGGUGGGGCUGACGAAGGAGGUGCUCUCCAUCCACACCCAGAAGGAGGAGCAGGCCUUCCUCACCCGCUUCAAGGAUCUCAGCCAGCUGCACGUCUUCAACUCCCCCUCGGGGAUCGGCUGGCAGGAGCUGCGUCAGGCGGGGCCCCAUGCCGAGCGAGGGCACAAAGGUCCGCGCCAGGGGGCCCGUGGUCCCGGCUGCCAUGGCCGGAGCAGGAAGUCGAAAGCCAAGCGUGUCAAGCAAAACAAGUCUUUGGACAGCACCAGCUCCCCCCAGAAUUCCACCGCCCCGCUGCAGGCUCCAGGAGCCCCUGCCGCCGUCUCCUGGCCCCCCUCGGGCAACUCCCAAGCCAGCCUGCCCACGAUGCCGUACCCGGCUGUCAUGCCCACCUACCCCAUCCCGGUCUUUCCCCCUCGCCCCGCCGCCUCCUCAGGCACGGAGCCCUCCCAGAACGCGCUCCCCGCCACUCACUUCCCCACGCCUCUUGUCACCCCCAUGGUCGCCCUGGUCCUUCCAAACUACAUGUUCCCCCAGAUGAACAGCCCCAUGCCCCAGCCUUACUUCCCUGGUGGGCCCAUUUUCCCAUUCGGCCCUCAGCUAGGGGGCAUGCCCAUGCCCGGGCCUGAAGCAGGCACCCAGGCGCCCUCGCGGUCCUCCACCCCGCACUCCAUGAGCCAGCCCGAGCAGGCCGAGUCGCCGCUCUUCGAGUCACGUUGCAGUUCCCCGCUGCAGCUCAACCUGCUGCAGAUGGAAGAGAUGCCCAAGGCCUGCGACCGCCAAGAAGUGGCCAGCAGCAGCCAAGCUGGACCAGCUGGGACUGCCAACGACUGGGCCGGCGUCACCAACGGGCAAGGCCUGGCGAGUGAACUCAACACACAGAAAGAGACGUGCAUGGCGGAAGCACACGACUCCUCCAACAACGAUGCCCUGUCCAGCUCCAGCGACCUCCUGGACCUCCUGCUGCAGGAGGACUCGCGCUCCGGCACAGGGUCGGCGGCCUCCGGCAGUGGCUCAGCCGCCUCAGGCUCGAUGGGCUCCGGGUCCAAUGGGGGCAGCACGUCGGCCAGUGGCACGACCAGCAGCAAGAGCAGCAACACCAGCAAGUACUUUGGCAGCAUCGACUCCUCGGAGAACGACCUGCGGGGCAAGAAGCGGGCCGAGGCGGAGGACAACGAGCACUUCAUGAAGUACGUCCUGCAGGACCCCAUCUGGCUGCUGAUGGCCAACACCGACGACAAGGUUAUGAUGACCUACCAGCUGCCCUCCAGGGACCUGGAGACCGUGCUGCAGGAGGACCGCGAGAAGCUGAAGCAGAUGCAGAAACGGCAGCCCCGGUUCACGGAGGAGCAGAAGAAGGAGCUGUCCGAGGUACACUCGUGGGUGCAGAAAGGGAUCCUGCCCAAAGCCAUCAACAUCACGGCCUGUGUGGAGUGUGGCAGCAACCCCACCCCCAAAGUCGCUCCACCGUACGAUGUGGAGAUCCACGACAUGGACCUGAGCGGCCUGCUGGAGCCAGUGCCCAUGGAGGAGGGCAGCCUUGGGCAGAGCUGCCUGCCGCCUCUGUCCCAGGAAACGGCCAUGGAGGAAGAGGAAGCCGGGCCGGCAGGAGAUGCGCAGCAACUGUCUCAACGAGAGACGUCGGCAGAGAACUCAGGCUAA